AUGCAAGUGAAAAGGUUGCUCGUUCUGCUGCUGAUCGUCCUGAAGGAAGCUGACCCGACCGCAGCCUGCAGCAGCAGCUGUUCAUCAUUCUGUUCCUGCAACUGGAGAGACCUCACCAGUGUUCCACAGGACCUGCCGACAACCAUCACUACCCUGAACCUGGCCGGCAACGAAAUCACAACUUUAAGUCAGUCUGAUUUCUCAAGCUCCGUUUCAGAAAAUGUUAGAAUUGCGGAUAACCCCUAUCAGUGUGACUGCAAGAUGCUUCCUUUUAAGUUAUUGAUGAAUGGGUCUCAUGAUUUUGAAAGUCAGAUCACCUGUGCCGGACCCGCUAACCUUACAGGGCAAAGCUUGCUUAAUGAUGUAAAUCCUGAAGAUAUGAUUUGUGAUGAGACCACACCAGCUCCCUCCACUGCACCAGCUUCUACCCCCCAACCUGCACCAACCUCUACCCCCCAACCUGCACCAACCUCUACCCCCCAACCUGCACCAACCUCUACCCCCCAACCUGCACCAACGUCUACCCCCAAACUUUUAGCAACUUGCAGCACCUUUUGGAAGAAGUGCGUCGCUAAAAAGUUUUGGAGAAGGGCUUCUUGUCGUAGUAAGUCUUGCAGUAGGUGCCGCAAGAGGUUUCGCAAGGAGUGUCCGGAUCGCAGCACGCGUUGGACCACAUGUCUCCGCGCAUUUACGAAUUGGUGUUCGUAA